GUGCAAACGAGUAAAAGCUCCAUCCACGAUAACUGUGCAACUGUAACACAGACCAUUUUUGCUUUGGGUUCUUCAAACCGCUUUUUUAUUUUUUUUUUCCUUGAACCGGACGUCGGUGGAGACGGUCGAACCGGGUCGAAGCCGUUGCUCGAAAAUCUUAAACCGGAGGACGGCGGACGCUUGCGGUGGCACACGACGGAGUGUUGGAAUGCGAGUGAUCGGAUUCCGAAAUGGCUUCGAACCCUUCUCUUCUCCCUGAGAUCGGACCCGACGGUCUCCCUAAAGAAGCUCCCGUCAUCAGCUACACCGAGAAGAUCAUCGAAGCAGAACAGCUUCAAUUGCAGAAAUACAUUCAAGAAAACUAUUCUAAAAUUCGUGAUGUGGAGCGUGAGCUUGCAAAUCUUUCACUGGAGAUGAAACUUACAGCUGGGCCAAAAAAAGCAGCACUUGAACAUUUGAGAAAGAAGAUAGAGGCAUCGACAGAAAAAAUCCGCAUGGCCAAGCUAAAGGAAGAACAGGCACGAAAGGUGUGGGAAUCAGCAUCAAAAGUAGUAAGAGACGAGGAAUCCAUAAAGCAAAAGCUAUGUGAAGACUUGAGUAAUCUGGUUCAAGAAAGCAGUAACUCUCAGUUUGCUCGGCUGGAAGAAUUAAAAAGAAGAUUGGAAGCUCUGAAUCCUAGUCGCGCAUCAACUAAUCUUUAUCAUGAUGGGAGAUCAGGAGGUUCUUCUCUGGAUAGUAUAGCCCAACAUGGUUCCUCUGUUCCCAAUGCAAAGGAAUCAAAUGAGGGAUCAACCGAGAGUGUUCCCAACCAAAGUAAUGGUCAGAAAGUCGCAGUGACAAAUGAGCCUAAUCAGCAGCCUCAAAAUGAAGGCGAAGGAAGAAGUAAAAAGAAAGUGAACUACCAAUUAAAAGGAAAGGGAAUCGGUGCUGUGGCCAAGGGUAGGUCUUCUACUCCUGGAUGGACUGGGGCUGGCUUCGAUGUUGAUGGUAGAACCUGAGAAUAUUAUAGUAAGAUAUUACUGCUCUAAAUUCAUUUUGGGUGAGAACUCCGUACUUUCUGUGCAAGUUAUGUAUAUCCUUUUUGUUCUUGUUUAGUUGUUACAAUUAUUAACUUGGAAGUGUAAUCUCUUUCCCCAAUUAUAUUGUUUCCGUGACGGUUGACGCA